CCUUCACACACCAUCAGAUGUGUAACAGCGAGGAUGCACUUUCAAUCUACUUCAACGCUUUUGUAAAUAGACUAAACAACCGGAACAUAGGGAACAAUGGAGAACAUGUGCACUGUGCAGGUGAAACUGGAGCUGGGACACAGAGCCCAGUUAAGGAAGAAAGUCACUACCGAGGGCUUCACACAUGACUGGAUGGUGUUUGUUCGGGGCCCAGAGGCGUCUGACAUCCAGCACUUUGUGGAGAGAGUUGUCUUCCACCUUCACGACAGCUUCCCAAAACCCAAGAGAGUUUGUAAAGAACCCCCAUAUAAAGUGGAAGAGUCAGGCUAUGCUGGUUUUCUCAUGCCUAUUGAGGUCUAUUUCAAAAACAAGGAGGAGCCUAAAAAGGUGUGCUUUAAUUAUGACCUUUUCUUGAACCUGGAGGGCAACCCACCUGUCAACCACCUGCGCUGUGAGAAGCUCACAUUUAACAACCCCACACACGAGUUUCGACGCAAGCUGGUCAAGGCCGGUGGGGCUGUAGUUAUUCCUGAGGGAGCGGAGAUGAUGCCAAGACCCAGUCCAGAUUAUCCAAUGCUGCCUACUAUUCCACUCUCUGCCUUCUCAGACCCCAAGAAGAUCAAGUCCUCUCAUGCAGUAAAGGAGUCAAGUAAAGAUGGAGGAAGUGGGAGCAGCAAAGCCCUCAAAGCCCAUAAGGCAACCAAAGAGCACCGAGAGCGCACACGAAAGGAUUCAGAGAGCAAGGCCACAUCCAGAGAGAGCGACCGCGAGAGUGGCAAGUCCUCACGAGACCAAUCGUCAUCCUCUUUUUCAAAGAAAGCCCUAGACGGAAGAGGAAAAGAUGAGGGGAAAACUGUGCCUAAAGCAGCCUUCAAAGAGCCCAAACUCACAGUCAGAGAGUCCAAGAUGGAUGGCAUGUCUCCAAAAGGUGGAGGAGCAGUGACGGGCGGAGGGGGACAGCUGGACGCUCGUGCCCCGAGCAAGAGGCCCUCGUCCGCCACCGAGUCUCCAAAGCUGAGUACCAAGAAACAGAAGAGGAUGGGCUCUGAGGGCAUGAAGGGGCCUGUGAGUGGAAGCUACAGCAGCAGCUCUCCCCGCAUUACCUCAACAACACCCUCCACAUACCCCGAGAAGAAAACCCCUAAAGAUAAAGGCCACUGGGCAAAGAUGAAACCAGAGGUGCAGGAAGUGAAAAGGCAACCAGAAUCCGACGAAUCCAACUCUGAGGAUGAAGCCUCUACCAAAUCAGAGCAGUCGGCUCAAUCCAGUCCAUCUAGUUCCAGCUCCAGCUCUGAUUCUGAUUUUGAGCCGUCGCAGAAGCAAGGCCAAGGGCCGCUCCGUUCUAUGGUAGAGGAUAUGCGCUCUGAAGGCUCUGAUGAUGACAGCAUCUCUGAGGUUGAGACGCUCAUGAAGGCGACUCCACCUAACCAGAACUUUCGUUUAAGCAUGGACAGUGAGAGUGAUGGUAAUGAGGAGUCCCGUCCUCCCAGCCAGGAAGCCCCCUCACCUCUACCCAAACUCAGCUCAGCAAACCUCAAGAUGUUAGGAAAUAAGAGCCCAGAUUCUUGCACCCACGAGAAAAUGCUCAAGAGGGGAUACGACAAGGUAGGAAGGGCUUAUACAGAGGAGCUUGUGGACCUCCAUCGCAGGCUGAUGGCUUUGAGAGAGAGGAACAUUUUACAGCAGAUUGUGAACCUCAUAGAAAAGACUGGCCAUUUCAACAUCACCAAUACAACCUUUGACUUUGACCUGUUCUCCUUGGAUGAGUCAACUGUACGUAAACUCCAGAGCUACCUGGAAGCCACAUCCACAUGACACAAGGAAGCUGCUCGGCCGUGAUUUAGUGUGAGAGAGGCCUCCAAACUGACUGGGUGCAGAGGGAUAGGUAUUGAAAGCAACAUAUAAAUGCACAGGAACAAACAAAAACGAAAUGAGAAAACAAAAAAAAAUGUAUACUGUAAUAGAAAUAAGCAAACAAAAGGACCAGGGGCGUAAAGGGGCGGUAUUCAGGGUUUAUCUAAUAACAGCACUGCGCAUUGCACUAAGAAUCAAACUGUUGGCACAAUACUGUCCAAAAUGGACAAGAUCUCGCAUAGGCACCGUAGAUGAGAUAACGUAUUAUUACAAGUAGGUACAUUUCAGACAGGUUUUGCACCAAAGCUAUAACACUGGUGGAAAGGAUCCUUCGCUCGGGCCUUUAUGCAGGGGCGAUGACUGAAAGACUGUGUCCCCUCUCUACCCCUUCACUCUUCUGCUCCACGGACGCCAAACCACUCAGCACAGCUUGGUGGCGUGGAAAGAGCCCAACUAGAUCAAACCUUAUCGGCAUACUGGUUUUGUCUGCAUAGCUUUGUAGCCCCAUGUGUUGGAUAAAGUACAUACUCUCAAGCUUUGAUGAUAGAUGCUCCCUCGGAUCAGCUAAAGGGGAAAAACUAUCUGCCUUUGUAGUGCCUUUUUAAAAUAUCAUGUUUUUAAUUAUAAUUGUUUGUGAGUCUCUCAUUGGUCUUUGGAUGACCAAAAAUGAUCUGUCAACAUUAAAAUGCCUGAAAUUGACAUUCAAAGCCCUUUUAAACACGGUUUAAUACCUGUCCGGAGAGAACACGUUAUGCAUGUGUGAUCUGAGAAGGUCUUGUGCAUUAUUCUAUGUUUCUUGAUGGUCAGCGACAUGAAGUCAAUUUGUUACGCAUUUGAAGUUCUUUUUGUAGUUUAUUUAAGUAACUGUGCACUUUUUCUGGUCACUUCAGUGCUUUGUAAUUAUCUGAUAACUAUAUUUAUGAUUAUUUUCUUUUUUUUACACAUAAUAUUGACUUGCAAAAAUGUACAGAUUUUUGUCAAUGUUUUUAAAUGCAUCUAUUGAAGUCAUAUUAUUGAUUUAUUCAAUCACAUGAGAGAAUAUGCACACAGAUUGAAAGGGGGACGUUUUGGUCUGUAUUCCAAUGGUGAGAUUGGAAAAAGAGUCUUCUGAUCACCUGAAGUAUUAUACAAGUGAAAAUGUAUUUGUGUCAGAUACGUAUUGUCUGAUUACAUUGCUUUUUAAAAAGCAUACCUGCUUGACAUGUUAUUCUUCAUUGUCGAUUGCCAGUUACCCUUUUUGAUUCUCAAUAAUGUAUGGUUAUAAAGUAAACAAUGUUUUCAGUGAAACGUUUGUGGCAGAUGUAUGUUACAUCAUGGGAAAGUUGCAGUGAUCUGUGUUUGUGCAUGAUUGAUACGUGAAUAAUCACUUGCAGGAAUAUGCAUACAACAUUCACAACCCUAUACAUUUAUCAGCUAUCCUCAGGACUGUCGCAAAUACAAUAGAUGCUCAUAAUAAAACCAAAACCAUAACACUUGAAGCACAUGGUGGAAACGUCUAGUAGGUCUUUUCGCUGUGUUUGCUUCUCUACCAUAAAAAGUAGCAUAUCCAUAUCAAGGGGAAUGGGAUCAUUUACAGUAUUUAUGUAAAUAUGUAACAAUGUGCAUUAUAUAGGCUAUCAUAUAUGGAAAGCUGAAAUUGUGGAACCAUUAAAGCUCAUUCUCCGUUUAGUUUAUAUCAGUGUGUAUUAUAUAUGUGUUUAUAAAUUGACAUUUUAUAUGAUCUU